GAAAUAACACUACUGAGGCAAAGACAUGUCCUUCCGAAAGGAACAAGAAGACAUAUCUGAAGCAAAGCUGCGUUCGCACGUUCCGAACGAUGAUCUACCGGAUACGGCAUACUUGGAAAAUGCUGGAAAAGAGAAAGCUGGUAAAAUGAUGAACCCUAAUGACUCCGAGGGCAAUCCAGAGGCGUUCAUGUACAUGAGGGGAGGCCAGGAAGGUAACAAUGAUUGUCGGCGCGAUCACGUUCCGUUCGCUGCCGGUUCGAGUAAGUCCGAAUCGGCAUACAAACACCGUCCGAGUAGUUCCAACAGGAAUGAUUCUAUCGGCCAUCAAAGAAGUGCAAGAAGGCAAAGGAACACAAGACUAGAAUCCGGAAGCGAAAUCAGAACCGGAUCGGAUCAUACGGUUACGCAUUUGAAUCAUCAUCGACGUACAAGCUCGUGUCCAAAGAACGGUCGGUACGGCGGAGGUAGCUUCUCCGGAUCUAUCUCAGGACAAUCACAAUUAGAUGGGAAUUAUGAAUACAAACAUCAAAGAACAACAUCGGUACCGCAAUUCGGGGAAUGGGACGAAACAGAUCCCACAUCGGGUGAAGGGUUUACUGUGAUAUUCAACAAAGUGAAAGAGGAGAAGCUUGCACCCCCGGCUUCCAAUUUUUCAACCGUGGCUCCGGAAGUAAAAACCAUGAACUACUCCGAUCGUCAUCGCAGUAAAUGUCCAACUCUUUCGUGCGGAUCAAAGUCUAAGGUAAUUUAAUCCAUGGAU